CCUGGCAACUGUGAACUGCAAUUAUUUCCUUCCCUGCGACCGCCCGCCCGCCAGCCAGCCAGCCAGCCAGUCAGUCAGUCAGUACGCCACCAUGGCUCCUUCCAAACGCAAGGCCGAGGAUGACUUCAUUCUCACCAUAUCUGACGACGAAGCCAUACCUGACGAGGAAGGAACAACCCCCCCACCGCAGAAGAAGGUAAAACCCACCAAAAAAGCCAGCAAGAAAACCGUCAAGGGUACUGCUACUGCUUCAAAUCGCGCAAACGAAGACGGCAACGAUGGAGACGACGGGGCUAUGGACUCGGACUUUGAGUUCGACCUGGGCGAGGAGAAGAAUUACCUGGCCGAAGACAUCGAGGAGUGGACUUUCGACGGCGCGGCCAAGUCUAUGAAAUCCGGCCAGAAGCAGCAAAUCCUGGAGGGUAUAAUACGGAGGAGGACCAGCAAGGCCCAAGACAAGGUCGCUGAAACGGGAGGAGAGAACGGCAACGGUGACGACCUGCCCGAGGGCGGUGGCGAUGACGAAGAUGACGAAGACGAGGAGGUUCUUGCCGAGGAUGCGUUCGGCAUGAAUGUGGGCUCCGACGUGGAGGAAUCGGAAGACGAGGACCGAGCUCGCAACAUCGAAGACGGAGAGGGCGAGGCUGAGGGCAGCGACGACGACGACGACGCCGCCUCGGACAACGACUCAGUCGCAACCCCGGUCGAGCACCCAGACGACGACGCCGAGGAGUCGGAAUCGGGCUCGGAUGACGACGAUAACGAAGAUGCCGAGGAGAUCGCCAAGAGGGACGCCUUCUUCGCGCCCGAGGAGAAGGCCAAACCCGGCAAGAAGGACACAGUCGGCCCAUUCACCGCCAUGUCACUAUCACGUCCGAUCCUUAGAGGCCUCGCAGCCGUGGGCUUCGCCAACCCCACGCCCAUCCAGGCAAAGGCGAUCCCCAUCGCCCUCAUGGGCAGGGACCUCGUCGGCGGUGCCUCCACCGGUUCGGGCAAGACAGCGGCUUUCAUCGUCCCCAUCCUGGAGCGACUACUCUACAGACCAAAGAAGGUGCCAACCACCCGCGUUGUCGUGCUCACGCCUACCCGUGAGUUGGCCAUCCAGUGUCACGCCGUGGCAACCAAGCUCGCCAGCUUCACCGACAUUACAUUCUGUCUGGCCGUCGGAGGUCUGAGCCUCAAGGUCCAGGAGGCCGAGCUGCGGCACCGUCCCGAUGUCGUGAUCGCCACGCCCGGUCGUUUUAUCGACCACAUGCGCAACUCGGCCAGCUUCUCUGUGGAGGGGGUCGAGAUUCUGGUCCUGGACGAGGCUGAUCGUAUGCUCGAGGACGGUUUCGCCAACGAGCUAAACGAGAUUCUCCAAGAGAUCCCAAAGUCACGCCAGUCCAUGUUGUUCUCCGCCACGAUGAACUCCUCGGUUGACAACCUUAUCCGCAUUGGCAUGAACAAGCCCGCCCGGGUCAUGGUGGACUCGCAAAAGACAACUGUCAACACACUUGUUCAGGAGUUUGUGCGUCUGCGGGGCAACGAGCACCUGCGCUUCGGCUACCUCCUCCACAUUUGCAAAAAGAUGUACACAAAGAGGGCCAUUGUCUUCUUUGCUAGGAAGACGGAUGCACACCGCGCACGCGUCAUCCUGGGCCUCCUGGGUCUGUCGGCCAGGGAGCUCCACGGGAGCUUGAACCAGACAGAGCGUGUUGCCAACAUCGAGGCCUUCCGGACCGGUGAGGUUGCGUUCCUGCUGGCAACCGACCUUGCCUCUCGUGGUCUCGACAUCCGGGGUGUCGAAACGGUCAUCAACUUUGACGCACCCAAAGACAUCAGCGUCUACCUGCACAGGGUCGGACGUACGGCCCGAGCGGGGCGGCGCGGUACUGCCAUCACCCUCGCUGCGGACCCCGAUCGGAAGGUGGUCAAGGCGGCUGUCAAGGCGGGCAAGGUCCAAGGGACCAAGACCAGGAGCGUCACCAUCGACGCUGCAACCGUCAAGGAGUGGCAGGCCAAGGUGGACGAGCUCGAGGGCGAGGUGGAUGAGAUCCUGGCCGAGGAGAAGGAGCUGAAGCAGCUGCAGCAGGCCGACAUGGAGAUCACAAAGGGCGAGAACCUGAUCAAGCACGCCGACGAGAUCAAGUCAAGGCCCAAGCGGACGUGGUUCGAGACGGAGCACGACAAGAAGAAGGCCAAGGAGCCCGCGCCGACGAAACUGAACGCGCUGAGGGAGAGCUUGAAGAAGAAGCACGCCAACGGCAAGCUGAGCAAGAAGGACAUGAAGAAGCUGGACAACAAGGCCGAGAGGCAGAACGGGAGGUUGUGGAAGAAGGGGGCGGCCGAGCGUGCGGGCAAGGGGGCCGUGUUGAAUUUGCGCAAGAAUGCGAAGAAGGGUGCUUCGAAAAAAUCCAAAUAGAAUUUAGGCGCUUAUCCUGUAGGAAGCUGGGAAGAUGUUCUCAUACCAGAGAUUAUCCCAUAAGACUUUAUCCCAUGAGAUGUAAUCCUAUGAGAGGUUAUCCCAUGAGAGGUUAUCCCUUGAGAGAGUUAUGCUAUGAGAGGUUGUUCUAUGAGAGGUUGUCCUAUGAGAAGUUGUCCUAUGAGAAGCUGUCCCAUGAGAGGUUAUCCCAUGAGAGGUUACCCCACAAGAGGCUAUCCUAUGAGAGGCUAUCUAUGAGAGGCUAUCCUAUGAG